AAAAAAAAAAAAAAAAAAAAGAACUCGUCGUACACGAUCUCCUUCCGGAAACAUCUCCUCGUUCCGCAGUCCGCCCAGAAGUUAAUACCAUGGCUUUCGAAUCAGUAUCAGUGUCGAUGCCUUCGGCAUCACGCUUUCGGUUCCCUCCAAACCCCAACUCGGGAUUUGUACCCCCUCCGCCCGCUGGGAGCACGACUUUUGCCCCACCAGUCAACAUCCCAGACAACAUUUACUUCGCCUUCCUCGACCCGAAAGUGCCAAUCACCAUCGCUGCCGUCUACGCGGUAACAGCCAAGGCACUGAAUGCUUACAACAAGUCCACCGGGAAGAGGCCCUGGGCUAUCAGCAAGACGCUCGCCUUCCGCUGGUUCGUCAUCGCCCACAAUGUCUUCCUGGCCGUUUACUCGGCGUGGACCUGGUGGGGAAUGUUCGGCACCCUGAAGCGCACCAUGGUCAGCCCGUUGGGACCUCAGGGAGUUUCGGGAUUCGUCGACUCGCUGUGCCGAGUCAACGGACCGGGUGGCCUCGGCAACGCCGCCUUCUUUAACGACGAGAUCAAUUCGUGGCAGACGUACUCAACCGAGCCGGUGCUGGGCGAGGAUGGCCUCCCGAGUCGGUUCGCUUCUGGCCGGAUGUGGAACGAAGGCCUCGCCUUCUACGGCUGGCUCUUUUACCUCAGCAAGUUCUACGAGGUUUUCGACACUCUCAUCAUCCUCGCCAAGGGCAAACUCAGCUCGACUCUCCAGACAUACCACCACGCGGGCGCCAUGAUGUGCAUGUGGGCUGGGAUCCGCUACAUGUCGGUGCCCAUCUGGAUCUUUGUUUUCUUCAACUCGUUUAUCCAUGCAGUCAUGUACACGUACUACACCGUGACGGCGUUCAACAUCCGUGUGCCCAUGUUGAUCAAGCGCAGCCUAACGACGAUGCAAAUCACGCAGUUCGUGGUCGGCGCGUCCUGCGCCAUGGUGCACUCCUUCAUCAACUACCGCGUCCCGGUCAUUUCUGCUUCCCAGAGCACUGGUGCCCCUAAGGCUUCAUCCUCCGCUGCGGCCAACGGUUCUGUGGUAGCCGCUACCGCCGAGAACGUGAAGAACGUGAAGGGCACAUACGAAUUUCGAAAGAUGCCCUGCAUCACCUCGAGCGGCGAAACCUUUGCUGUCUGGCUUAACGUCUUCUAUCUCGCGCCGCUCACCUACCUCUUCGUCUCCUUCUUCGUCGAGAGCUACAUCCGCCGCAGCAGCGCCAACCAAAGUUGCAGGAAGGGCACGGCCAACCCCGGCGCUCCCGCCCGCCGUCUGAGUAACAGCGUCCAGCUUGCCGAGAAGGCCGGCUGGGAGGCGGCCAAAAACGUCGAGCGCGAGGUGUACGGCGAGAGCAACGAGGAGGCGGUCGCCGAGGAGAUUACAGGCCACACCAACGGCAAAUCCGCUGCUUCCAACGGCCGGGUCCUUCGAAGCAGGAAGGCGUAAGCCGAUGAUGGAGUUGACUGUUGUGAGCCAGCUGGUGUUCGCGAGGGAAUGUGUGUGUCACACUAAGUGAAAGGGACUUUGUUGAAGACACGGGGACGAGGUCGAGACAGAUGCGAGAAGAGCGCCGACAAGAGUCCCGGACAUUGUGUCGAGUUGAUGAGCCGAGGAACUGCCUAAAUCUCGCGGUGCAGCCAGAAGACUUCGAGCUUCAAGGGUUGGAAUGAUGGGAGUCGAAGGCAGCAACUAACCUCGGAUAGAGAGGUAUCAUGAGGCGCACAGCGUCGGGUGUUCGGGGACGGUGCAUUGCGUUUCAUUUCACUUAUACAUUUUUGUCCUUUUAGAGGGGUUCGGCCGGUAGGUUGGCGAAGACAAAAUGGGACCAUGGAGCGUGAUUGUUCGCAUCAAACUUGGUGUUGUUUUUAAAUGUUGUACCUUAUCUCAAGCAGGAAACGAGAGGGAAUAUUUCAAUGAU